AUGGUAUUUCCAAUCAUCUUUGCUUUUGUCGCUCCAAGUCGCUUGCAGCAGCAGAGCCAUGCAAAUCCCAAGCCUCCGACUGCAAUUAUUGUAGAGGAUAGUGUCCGUCGAUUGCCAUGUUCUGCGCUGUCCACUUCGUCCGAACCAUCCGAUUCGUCGUCGUCAAGAUUUGGACGGCAAGACUACUGGGACAGCUUUUAUCAAGAAGAAGAUGGGGCUGCCUUUUCAUGGUAUACCGGAUGGGCCGAUCUGGAACCCUUUCUGAUGGAACUCCUCAACCCCGACGAUACAAUUUUGUUGCCCGGUGUCGGCAGCGAUACCAUGCUCCUAGACAUGUACGAGUCUGGAUAUCGCCAUUUGACGGCGUUUGAUUAUGCCGCACAGGGAAUUGCACGGUGUCGUGAAAUGAUGGGCAGUGAACGAUCCAAUGCCAUUCAUCUAUUUGUCGGGGACGCUCGCGACUUGCCACAACUGGAGGAUGCUUCCUUUGAUGUGGUCCUAGAAAAGGGAACCCUCGAUGCCAUUGUCCAGAGUGGUGAAGGAGGAACCCUAAAAGAAAAGAAGGCACUGGGCUUGGAAAACAUGGAAAAGGCCAUUGCGGAGUUGUGCCGGGUAAUCAAACCAGGAGGCACUUUUAUCAGCAUAUCCGCCAUUUGCACAGAAGAACUUGAAAACAGCCCCGAAUGGCAACGAACGACAACCGGUGAUGAUGAUGCGGUUUGGGCAAUGAUCCGCGAUGGAUCCUUGUACUUUACCGAGUCUGGGUAUGCCAGCAAUAACUUUGAUGGAACACUUCUAGCCUGGAGAAAGAAGAAACGAAGUCAAGAAGAGGAGUAG